UUGUAGUCUCAGUUUCCAGCGUAGGCAGGGCUGGCCUCUCCGCCGGGAGGAGUCGGCGGGCGCAGGAUAUGAGCUCACAGUCCGGGAUCGCGAGCGGGCAGGUGGCCACGGGCCUGGGGCGGUACGGAGUCCCCUUGCCACUCAGCUGAAAGCAGAAGAGCCCCCGGGACGGUGAGAGCUACCUACAGCCGCCGUAGGGAAAGAGGUGUUCGAACCCCAUGCCGGGACCUGGGCAAAAGCCACGGGACAAGAGUUGAGAGUAUGAGGCUCUGGCCUCACCUGUGACCACUUCCACCACAGUGGAGCCUUCCAAGCCCACCUCCUGUCGUGUGGUGAUCUACCUGCAGCGGGAGAUGUCUGGGGACACCUGUUUGUGCCCCACCUCAGGGGCCAAGCCCAAGCUAAGCAACUUCAAAGGAGGAGGGCUGGGCAACAAGUAUGUGCAGCUCAACGUGGGCGGCUCCCUGUACUACACCACCGUGCGGGCGCUCACGCGGCACGACACCAUGCUGAAGGCCAUGUUCAGCGGGCGCAUGGAGGUGCUGACUGACAAGGAAGGCUGGAUCCUUAUAGACCGAUGUGGAAAGCACUUUGGCACCAUUCUGAGUUACCUCCGGGAUGACACCAUCACCCUCCCUCAAAACCGGCAAGAGAUCAAGGAGUUGAUGGCUGAAGCAAAGUAUUACCUCAUUCAGGGGCUGGUGAACAUGUGCCAGACGGCCCUGCAGGACAAGAAGGACUCCUAUCAGCCUGUGUGCAACAUCCCCAUCAUCACGUCCCUGAGGGAGGAGGACAGGCUCAUCGAAUCCUCCACCAAGCCUGUGGUGAAGCUGCUGUACAACAGAAGCAACAACAAGUACUCCUACACCAGCAACUCCGAUGACCACUUGUUGAAAAACAUCGAGCUAUUUGAUAAGCUGUCCCUGCGCUUCAAUGGCCGAGUGCUCUUCAUCAAGGAUGUCAUUGGUGACGAAAUCUGCUGCUGGUCCUUUUAUGGCCAGGGCCGUAAGCUGGCAGAGGUGUGCUGUACCUCCAUCGUGUAUGCCACAGAGAAGAAGCAGACCAAGGUGGAGUUCCCAGAGGCCCGGAUCUAUGAGGAGACGCUCAAUGUCCUGCUCUACGAGACUCCUCGAGUCCCUGACAACUCUCUGCUGGAAGCCACGAGCCGCAGCCGGAGCCAGGCCUCCCCUAGUGAGGAUGAGGAGACCUUCGAACUGCGGGACCGAGUGCGCCGCAUCCACGUCAAGCGCUACAGCACUUACGACGACCGGCAGCUUGGCCACCAGUCAGCCCAUCGUGACUGACAAGACCCUAGGGAGGCCCACCCCAGCUGCCACCCCACACUGCUGCUGGCUGUCUUGCUGCAGCACCUGAAGGCAUGAUGGGCCAUGCUGGGCGGUCAGAGGGCCUAGGCAGCGAGGGGCCGUGGCUUGUCCUGGCCCCAGGCACUUCCAGAUCUCUCUUUCUACACGAGGAGCUGCUUCUGCUCUGGGGUAGACGGUCUGCCCCCCCUCCUCCCGCCAAGAACAUUCCCUUAGCCCUUUGCUCAGUGCCCCCUUCUCAGUUGAGGCCCACCAGAAGCUUUAUUCUAGGCGGCAAGGUGGCUUUUGGUGCUGUGGAAGCCCAGACUUUAGCAGAAUGGAGGCUUCUUUUUUCCUAAGGUGUCUAAGCACAGGUUUGAUGAUUUUUUUAAAUAGUUUAGGAAAUUAACAGUUUUAAAUCUAAUAAAGGGCCUAGACAUUUCUGCUACCCCUCAGAGUGCAAGGGCCCUGGAGAAGCCAGAGCCUUCAGGCCGUCUUGAUACCUUUGGGAUCUGUCUUUGAAGCACUUUGUACUGAUAUUCAGGAGGUUUGUCAUUUACCCUGACCGAUGUCUUUAUGAUCCUAAUCUCCUCUAGCAGAAUUAGUCUGAGGGAGGGGAUAAAGAGGAAGCAAUAAAAAAAAUCCUCGGGGCUGGGGAUUUAGCUCAGCAACGUAAGCACCUGCCUUGCAAGCAGGAGGUCAUGAGUUUGAUACCUGGUACCGAGAAAAAGAAAAAAAAAAUUAAAAAAAGAGUUAAAAAAAAAAAAAUCCUCAAAACCAGGCAGUUGAGCUUUGCCAGCCUGGCCAGCCAAGAGCAUCAAGGAAGGAAGAAUGUAAAAGUUGGGACCUGUGGUGUGAACAGCAUUCUGUGAGGAGACAUCUCACUCCCAUAGCUUGCAGGGACCAACAGGAUUGCACCUUUGGAUUCUGGUCCUCCAGGAUGCUGUCCUCUCAGGCCAUAAUGCCAGAGGCUGGUAACAGGUGUGGAGCUAGGCACCAGGAAGGCCAUAAACCUGUGAACCCCGCACAGUGCUGGCAUGGGUACAAGUGGCCGAGGCUUGUCCAUAUGUCUGCCCUCCCUGACACCCGUGCUAUUUACUUGUUUAAAUCCUGGCUAGGGAAGGUGGUUGUGCUCAAUGGUGAGUCUCUGGGCAAAGGAACCAUAACAACCUAUGCCCCUUGAAGACCUUCAUUCCACUUGCUAGGUCAUCUGGCCGUGGGAUGCCGCAUGCCAGCCAGAGUGCAUUCCCCCUCAGGACUUCGGUUUUGCCCCCUUGCUUGGCCUGGCUCCCAGCAGACAGCGUAUUCUCUGCAGAGGAAUGCUGUCAGGGAGGGAGCAGUGUGACCAUGGCCAGUCUCACACUCUCAGGAAGGAACACGGCUGCCAGACUCGCCCAUCCCUAAAACUGCUAAGUGGCUGCUCACAGCAGAUCGCAGGGCCUCUGGAAAAACACUAGCCCCAGCACUGGACACUGACAAGGGCCCAAAUGACAGGAUGGGCAAGGCAAAUGUGACUUACUAACCAGGCAUUUCUUGUUAGUCACACUCUUGAAUGUAUAAAUAGCUCUCAGGCCAGGUGUUAAUAACCAGCUACCAGUCUUCCAGCCCUCACUGGAGUUAAAAUGACAAUCCAUUUCUUUGGCCAGAUUCAGGCUUUGGCUUUGUGGCUUUACUAGAGACUGGCAUGCCUCAGCCUCAGGCCAACACACUUAUUUUCUCAGUGGCCCUAAUCAAGCCCUUUAAUAAACUCCCAGCUCCCCCAGGUAUUUUCAUGCUUGUCCUUCAGCCUCCGCACCCCCUCACCUGCUAAUUAGUCUUUGUCAUUCAGGCCUCUGCCACAGCAGUGAUACCUACUUUUAAUCUUGAGAAAGCACAGUAGUUGGUCUGGGCAUUUUUGUUUUCUGUUAUCUCCAAGAUCUUAAGGAAAACACUAACACUGAACUGACAUGAUCUUGGCUUCUUUAAUCAGACAGUUUGGGGGAUUUCUUAGCCCCAUUCAAGAAAACAGCUCUUGGCAGUGUGAAUUUUUGAACAUCAGCCAAGCAAGGGAGAAACAAAAGAAUGGAUUAAGGCCAGACUUGCUUGUUGGUGUCUGAGAAAACUGGAAGCUUGCUGUUAACACAGACCAGUGCUUGUUUUUGUUGAGUUUGAUGUGUGACCAUAGUCUGCCUAAAGGAUGGCACAAAUCCUGGCAGGAGAGAACUUUUCUUUUGUCACAUAACUGCAAUCCUUUGUUCAUAGUCUGAGGGAAGUGAACACUAACUUGUAAUAAAACUGUUAUACUGCGA